UAGUGUCGCAGAUAAAUAUUGAGGACAAAUGAGUGAGAUGACCAUUCUGAUUUAAUCUACCGAUAAAACAAGUUCACGCUUUCUGUCAUUCAUCUCACAAGAUCCGUUAUUCAGUCAUGGACAACAUUUCACUUGUUCCCACUACCGCAAGUGUUUUCUCUAACAAACUCUCUAAGGUAGGACCAACUGGAUCGAUUAGAGCUCUGUCCCACUUGAAUUUGAGAACAGCAUCCGCUCGUCUAUCCACCUUCCAGAGAUGGGAACAAUCAGCACCGAAUUCUCCAACUCCGCAGGCGUUAUCGUCGGCAGGUUUUAUCUACCGCGGAGUGGGCGAUCACACUCAGUGCUUCACGUGCCUGGUUGUCCUUUCACAAUGGCACAUUGAUCACGAUCCUGAUUUGGAGCAUCGCCGACACUCGCCGAGGUGCGAGUUCGUCUUGAACCGAGAGCGCGAAUCGAGAAAUAAUAAUCACUCGCGGCCAAUCUCUUUGUCCGACGGCGACAUCAAUCUGCUAUCAGUUGUCCCGGCUAAAGAUGACAGACACUCGACCGAGGCAUCGCUUUGUAAAAUCUGUUACUCCCAUGAUAUGUCCAUUUUAUUUCGUCCCUGUGGACAUCUCCUGACCUGUAAAUCGUGUGCCGAUCAGUUAUCUCAUUGCCCUAUUUGCCGUUGUCCUAUUUUUGAAAAAAUUCGCGCUUUCGUUUCUUUUGAAUAAAAUUGACCAUAUAGAGAAUAAGCUUCAA